UGUUCAAACAGGAGACAUGGGACCGUGGAGUCACCGGCGGGGGGGAACUCUUCUCACCACAACAACUCAAACCAAAGGAAGGAAGGCAUAUCCAGCUGAAGCUGUUCAAUGGAGCCACUACCUUUUUCACCUGUAUUUCUAAUUUCCACUCAAUAAUGGACCGGAAGAGAAACAACUUAAAUGACAACUGAAGCUAUCCGUGCAUUUUUGAUACCUGGGGAAAAGUGCCACACCUUCGCUUAGCGCAACAGCUCCACGACACAGCUGGCCAAAUGGGGUGCCAAUGCUGCAGGAUGAUAAAAAGCUACAUCUAUGACCCCUCUGUGGCGGUGGAUGUGAGGAAGACCGACUCUGCGGCCAACUCGCUCUACCAGCCCCAGCACCAUCCCGGCAGCGACCAGCUCCGCGGCCUGAACCAGCAGAAGCAGGGCUUCAACAACCUGGGUUACAGCAAGUCCAACGACAGCACGCUGAAACUAGAGGUGGACAACAACCACGUCAACUACGUCAAGCACGCGGCCCCUGCGAAGGAGCUGCUCCGGCAGGGGAGCACCCCACUCGCAGACGGAGGCCUGUACAUCAUCCAGCCCGAGGCUCUGGGACCGAGAUGGGUCACUCAGGAAAAAGGCCCGAUCCAGGUGCCCAUUUACCCCAACAUACAAGACGAGUACGAGAACCAGAGGAGGCGUGACCAGUGGGGACACGGCAGCGAAAGCCUGUCAGCAGAUGAGAUAGACGAGGGCGUGGGAGGGACGCCGGAGCCCCCGUGCGACACGGGGGACGAGGGCAGCGCCCUGUCGGUGGACGUGCACACCAGCACCACCAGCCUUUCCUCGGCCGACACCAGGGACGAGCUCACACUGCCAAAGAACGUGGAUGUUUCCACCGUCGAGAGCGGGAUCUCGGGGAUGAAGAGCGAGGACGAGGAGGAGGUGCAAAGCGUUACGGACUCGAUGGUGGCCGAGGCUCUCGCUGCUUUGGAGGCCGCCACCGCCGGGGAGGACUGUGAGUGACAGACCCCUGCGCUGCCUCUGGCUUAUCACCCAAUAAGACCCGAAUGUGACUUGAUGGAGCGUUCAAACCCACUUUGUGGAGCAUGGAACGAAUGAAGGAAAACUCUCCCUACAAAAAUAAAUACAGAUUUAUUUUUUGAACUCAAAAUCUUGGAUAUUUUUUUAUUGUGGUUAUACUGACAGAAGAUAAUGUCCGCCUUGUGAAUGAGGAAACUUUUCCAAUACCACAAAUGAAUGGAUGUGUAGACUGCAGCCAUAUCAGCCUGUUUUGAAUCAAGUGUAUUUAACACUCCACAGUCCUAAUGAGCCUGUGUGUGCUCACUCACUGCUUUGCCAUGUCCAUGCUGCCCUUGUUAGAAAUUAGAAAAACACCAACAUGUUGCCUCUGUCGCAUUUUGGCUCAUUUUUGGAGCACAGCUUUGAUAAUUGCUAGCAUAGAGUCAAUAUGUCCUUUGUCAACAGUCUUUGCCAUAGCUCGCUUACUCUUCAGGAACCUCGCCCUCUUUUCACCCUCUGCAAGUGAAAGACUUAAGGUCAUUUUUUUUUUAUAUACCUAUUGUUUUGUCUCUAUCUCUUGUUAUUUAUAUCUUCACUUGUCAUCCUUUUUUGAUUUAUUGUGAGAAGAAAGUGGAUGUUGUUGGAGAGAGGAUGAGGAAGCGGUUCUUAUUUAUAACUUAUUGUGUCAUUAUUGAUUUCAUCAAUAUUGUAUCUACUUGGAAAUUAUACUUACAUCAUCAGAUACAUGUACACUGACAGCUCUCUCUUCUUUCUUUUGUCAAUCAAAAAAAUGUAACUUGUUGCACAACAUUACAGUGUGAGACCAUAUAAGAAGAUCUAUUCACAUUUAAAAUCUUCUGCAGGUUACCAAAGCAUGAAUUAGAAAAUAGUCACCAGUACAUUUCACUCACUUUGCCUUAGUUUUUCAACUUUAGCUGAACUUUGAAUUAUUGGUGAAUAAGCCACAAAGGGGCCAUCAAUUCACUCUACUAGCUCUGUUUUUUUUUUUAUUUUUUAUAAGUCAGGUUUUGUGUUUUUAGUCAGGCCAGUGACAUUAGUUCAAUCCGAAGCUCGCAUAUGUGCCUAAUAACGAACUAACUGAGGCUAGAUGGUGCAGAGGAAAGAGUGUGAAGAGUGUGUUAAAGCUUAAUGAGCUGUUGUGAAUAAUGAAGUUAUUUUCUUUCACUGUAUCUCACCUUUUCAC